GGGGGUUAAAUGAACUGGUUGCACAGAUAGUUACAACACCGGGACACCGGCUGCCAAUCUCCUGCAGUAAUCCUGCCCUGAAUGUCACAAGGGCCGAAUCUGACACACAGAAGAGUUCAUAACAGGUGCUCUCGCUGUGUUUUCACCUCUAUAUCUCUCUGGGACAUAGCCUGCAGAAGCAGCCUGCUGGGUUUGCUUUCACUGUUGGGGCAAUGGAACCUCUGAAUAAGGAGAAGGAGGAUAAUCCGUCAGCCACAGCUAAUCUUCUCUCCAAGAUUUUCUUCUGCUGGCUGAACCCCUUAUUCAGAGUUGGGUACAAGAGGAGACUGGAAGAGGAUGACAUGUACAGAGUUCUCCCAGAGGACGCAUCUCAGCGACUUGGAGAGGAACUACAGCGGUUUUGGAAUCAAGAAGUUGAGCAGGCCAUAAAAGAUCUGCGGCCACCCAGACUUGCCAGAGCUCUCAUCCACUGUUACUGGAAACCAUACUCAUUAAUUGGGAUGUACAUCUUUAUAGAGGAAUUUAUCAAAGUCAUUCAGCCAGUGCUACUUGGGAAGCUAAUCGAGUUCUUUGAGAGCUACGACACUGCUGAGCCAUCUUCGGUCUCUGAAGCUUACAGCUGUGCUGCAGGCAUUUCAUUGGCCACCAUAGGCCUAGCUCUGCUUCAUCAUGUGUACUUCUACCAAGUCCAGCGGGCUGGCAUGAAGAUACGUGUGGCCAUGUGCCACAUGAUCUAUCGGAAGGCUCUUUGUCUCAGCAGCUCAGCAAUGGCUGAAACAACCACAGGACAGAUUGUGAACCUCUUAUCCAACGAUGUCAACAAAUUUGAUGAGGUUACCUUAUACUUGCACUUCUUAUGGCUCGGUCCUCUUCAAGCAGUGUCCGUGAUUUUACUGUUGCUGUAUGUCAUUGGACCAUCGUGUCUUGCUGGAAUGGUGAUCCUCUUCAUUCUGAUGCCGAUACAAACCCUGUUUGGACGUUUGUUCUCCAGGCUGAGGGCUGAAACAGCAGCUCUAAAGGACGAGCGAAUCCGCACAAUGAACGAAGUUAUUUCUGGGAUCAGAGUUAUAAAGAUGUACGGGUGGGAGAAGCCUUUUGGCGCACUCGUGGAUGAAGUCAGACGAAUGGAAAUCUCCAAGAUCAUGCAAAGCUCUUACCUUCGUGGCCUGAACAUGGCGUCCUUUUUUGUGGCAAGCAAGAUCAUCAUCUUUAUCACCGUCUGCAUUUAUGUGCUCACAGGAAACAGGCUGUCGGCCAGCAAACUGUUCAUGGCUGUUUCCCUCUAUGGGGCAGUCAGACUUACCAUCACGCUCUUUUUCCCCUUCGCCAUAGAAAAUGUCUCGGAGUCUCUCAUCAGCAUCCAGAGGAUACAGAAAUUUCUUCUGCUAAAUGAAGUUGCACCUCAGCAUCUGGGAAUGCCUUUGACAGACCGGAGGGACUGCAUGGUUAAAAUACAAGAUCUGAAAUGCUACUGGGAUAAGAAUCUCAAAGCACCAACUUUACAGAAUGUGAGUUUCACAGUGAAACCUGAGCAGCUGCUGGCGAUUAUUGGGCCCGUCGGAGCUGGAAAGUCCUCACUCUUGAAUGCCAUACUGGGAGAACUGAGUCAGGAAACCGGUGUGGUCAAAGUCAAAGGAGAGGUGACCUACACGUCCCAGCAGCCGUGGAUUUUACCUGGCACUAUCCGCAGCAACAUUUUGUUUGGCAACGAGUUCAACCCCAAGAAGUAUGAUCGAGUUCUGAGAGCCUGCGCUCUCAAGCGAGACAUGGAUCUUAUGCCUGGUGGUGACUUAGUCAUGGUUGGUGACAGAGGGGUCAACCUCAGUGGAGGACAGAAGACAAGAGUCGCCCUAGCCAGAGCGGUGUAUCGUGAUGCAGAUAUCUACUUGCUUGAUGACCCUCUUAGUGCGGUAGAUGCUGAAGUGGGCCGGCACCUUUUCGAGGAGUGCAUUUGUGGACUCCUGAGGAAGAAACCGCGUAUUCUUGUAACUCAUCAGCUGCAGUAUCUAAAGGCUGCAGAUCAGAUUGUGGUCUUAAAGGAGGGCCAGAUGGUUGCAAAAGGGACCUACAGUGAGCUGCAAUGCUCUGGCAUAGACUUCACCUCCCUUCUCAAGGAAGACCAGGAUGAGGAGAGGCAGGACAUGACCCCACUGCCUGGAACUGGCUCUUCCUUCCACUACACCCUCUCUGACAACUCCUCCAUGUCGUCCCUUUCCUCCUCUCAUUACUCUCUGAUCGACGGAGGAGGAGAUCCCCUGGCUUUGGCAGUGCAGCCGGUAGAGGAGGAAAGUCGCGUGGAAGGAAAUGUCGGCCUGAGCAUGUAUGUGAAAUAUUUCCUGGCAGGCGCCAACGUCCUGGUCCUCUUGCUUCUCAUUUUACUCAAUGGACUAGCUCACAUUACAUUUGUUCUUCAGGACUGGUGGCUUGCGCACUGGGCCUCUGAACAGAAGUACACCAGUGUGACUGAGCACCUCAAUGGCAGCUUCCCUCAGCAUCUGGACCUUGACCUGUACCUAGGCAUUUACGCAGCUUUAACAGCCACCUCAGUUGUGUUGGGCUUCAUUCGCAGUUUGGUUUUCUUCAAUGUCCUGGUGAAGUCUGCACAAACCCUUCACAACAACAUGUUCAGGGCCAUUCUCCGGACUUCCAUCCACUUUUUUGAUACCAACCCAACCGGGAGAAUUCUCAACAGGUUUUCAAAGGACAUUGGCUACUUAGACUCUCUUCUUCCGUGGACGUUUGUGGACUUUACCCAGGUAUUUCUGCAAGUCAUCGGAGUUAUUGCGGUGGCCGGCGUCAUUAUCCCCGGGAUUCUUAUUCCUGUUGUCCCUCUGCUCGCCAUCUUCCUGUUCCUGCGACACUAUUUUCUGCAGACCUCCAGGGACAUCAAGCGGCUAGAGUCUACAACUCGGAGUCCUGUAUUCUCCCACCUUUCUUCCUCUCUCCAAGGCCUGAGCACCAUUCGUGCCUUCAGAGUUCAACAUCAGUUUCAGCAAAUGUUUGACAAGUAUCAAGAUCUUCAUUCAGAAGCCUGGUUCCUCUUCCUGACCACUUCACGCUGGUUUGCUGUGCGUCUUGAUGGAAUUUGUUGCAUUUUUGUCACGAUUACAGCUUUUGGCUGCCUCUACUUCAGGGAUGGACUGGAGCCAGGUGCUGUGGGCCUGGCUCUGUCAUAUGCCGUUACUCUCACAGGCAUGUUUCAGUGGGGAGUCAGACAGAGUGCAGAGAUUGAGAACCUGAUGACAUCUGUGGAGAGAGUGGUUGAGUAUGCGGAGCUGGAGAGCGAAGCACCUUGGGAGACGGACAAACGGCCUCCUGGAGACUGGCCCCAGAAGGGCUCCAUCACCUUUGACAGCGUUAGCUUUUCUUACAGCGACAGCUCCCCUUUGGUCCUAAAGAACCUGAGUUUUGUCUUCACAUCCAGAGAGAAGGUUGGGAUUGUUGGACGCACCGGUGCUGGUAAAAGCUCCCUCAUCUCUGCUAUGUUCAGACUGGCAGAACCUGAGGGAAGAAUAACAAUUGACGGCAUUCUGACUUCAGAGAUCGGUUUGCACACGCUGCGCCAGAAAAUGUCAAUUAUCCCUCAGGACCCGGUACUCUUCACAGGCACCAUGAGGAAGAAUCUGGACCCUUUCAAGCAGCACACAGAUGAGGACCUGUGGAAUGCACUCCAAGAGGUGCAGAUGAAGGCAGUGGUGGAGGAGCUGCCCAACAAGCUGGAAACGGUGCUCACCGAGUCGGGCUCCAAUUUCAGCGUGGGCCAGAGACAGUUGGUGUGUCUGGCCAGGGCCAUCCUCAGGGAAAACCGUAUCCUCAUUAUUGAUGAAGCCACAGCAAAUGUAGACCCGAGAACUGACAGCCUGAUCCAGCAGACUAUCCGGAACAAGUUUCAAGAGUGCACAGUCCUCACCAUUGCUCACAGGCUCAACACUAUCAUUGACUGUGACAGAAUACUGGUUCUGGAUGCCGGCAGGAUCCAGGAGUACGACGAGCCGUACGUCCUGCUCCAGAACCGGGGCGGGCUCUUCUACCAGAUGGUCCAAAAAACGGGCAAAGCCGAAGCCGCGUCACUGCUGCAAGUGGCCAAGCAGGUUCACGCGAACAGAAAAGGAGAGAGCGACACGCGGCGCACCAAGGACAUCGGUGUCAUCUUUGAGACGUCGCUUUGACGGCUUGGAGAGUUUCUGUGGUCCUUUUCGUGCUGAACAACAGAGACCAAAUCUUUCCCCAGAUAUGCUUGGAUUCCUUGAUGAGCACACAAAAUGCCUUCAGACUCCCAAAAGGCAUUAUAGGUUUAGUGUGCACUGCAUUGAUUGGCAAAGACUUUUGGCCUGGAACAGAGAAGUUUUGUGAAGCAGGCCGUGCCUUUUAUUGACCGCAUAUAGCCGGGUGACUGUUUAUUGAUUACCUGCUGCUGUGUUUAUGAAUGUAUGUUCUGUCCUCCUGGGUAACUUCUACUUUGCACAUGUGAUGAAUAGAAGGGAAGACGUUGAAUAUGUUUAUUGCAGUUUAAUAAAUUCUAAUAUUCCGUGGAAGAAGAAAUUAUUUUUGUUAGACUUUUUAUUAUUUGGAAAGAGAGAAAAUCCCUAGCCAGGAGCCAGUAGUGUUUGGGGUAAUUUGUGCCUUCAUCAGACUAUUGAUUGUUAGUAAUUGCAUUGUUUUAAUUGAACGGUUUUCCUGCACUUUGACUCUAGUGGUUUUAUGUCUACCUAAACUCUGGUAUGUAGCAACAUUUGGCUGAAAUAAUUGACCAAACUGGGUGUUGGUCAUUUUGCCCCUUCUGUAUUUUGUAUUGUUUUAUUUAUUUAUUUUAUCUUUCUUUAUAAUUGACAAACAGAACAAACCAAAAUAAAUAAUCAGUUGCGCAAUGAUUUAGUAAGAAAGGUACAAAAGCAGGAUGAUGUGAAAUGGCAAUGAGUGAGCCCACAGUUUGUGAACAAACUGGGAUUAACUGAGCCCAGUUUUAAUGGCUCUGAAGACAUAGCUACAAUGUUUCCCUGCUUUUGUUUCGCUUUCUUAAAUUAACUGUUGUAGAGCUUUUAUUAGAUGUUCUGAUGCAGGUUUUGGGGGAUUUUGAUCCAGUACUGAUACUUCAAUCUGAAUUCAAAUAUCCCUCAAUACUGAUGUCUUUCACUCCAGAACACUACUUUUGCAAACAUUCAAUGUUGUUUUUGGUCAUGUUGUUGUAUAGGCUAACAUGAAUAAACCACUAAGAUAUAUUUUUGUA